GGCGGGGGAGGCUGUGGAGGUUCUCGGACCUGGGAUUUACAGAGCGGCUCUGGGAAGAGGCUCGGGGUGGGGCGGGCCUGAGGCAACGCUCCGGGGCCCAGCGACCCCAUCAGUGCCCCCUGCCCGUCCCCGCCCCUCCCCCAACCAAUCCAGCGACCGGGAUGCAGACAUCAGAGCGUGAGGGGUGUGGGGCAGAGGCGAGCCCCAGCGUGAUGCCUGAGGCUUCCCCGGAGUCUCCACCUGCUCCUACCAAGUCCCCAGCAUUUGAUCUUUUCAACUUGGUUCUGUCCUACAAGAGGCUAGAGAUCUACCUGGAACCCCUGAAGGACGCAGGUGACGGUGUCCGGUACUUGCUCAGGUGGCAGACGCCUCUGUGUUCCUUGCUGACCUGCCUGGGCCUCAACAUCUUGUUCCUCACUUUGAAUGAGGGUGCAUGGUACUCAGUGGGCGCCCUGGUGAUUUCAGUGCCUGCCCUUCUGGGCUACCUGCAGGAGGUUUGCCGGGCACGGCUCCCUGAGUCUGAGCUGAUGCGGAGGAAGUAUCACAGCGUGAGGCAGGAGGACCUGCAAAGAGUUCGCCUGUCUCGCCCCGAGGCCGUGGCGGAGGUGAAGAGCUUCUUGAUCCAGCUGGAGGCCUUCCUGAGCCGCCUGUGCUGCACCUGUGAGGCCGCCUACCGUGUGCUGCACUGGGAGAACCCCACCGUGUCCUCACAGUUCUAUGGGGCUCUCCUGGGUACAGUUUGCAUGCUGUAUCUGCUGCCACUGUGCUGGGUCCUUGCCCUUUUAAACAGCACACUCUUUCUGGGGAAUGUGGAGUUCUUCCGAGUGGUGUCUGAGUACAGGGCAUCUCUACAGCGGCGGAUGCACUCCAGCCAGGAAGAUGGUGCCUUCCAGAGUCCGCCGCCAGCGCCAGGUGCUGGGGGGAAAGGGGUUCUGCCGGACUGCACGCCUGCAACGACGCCCACAGAGGACCUCACGCCAGGCAGUGUGGAGGAGGCCGAGGAGGCUGAGCCCGACGAGGAGUUUAAAGAUGCGAUUGAGGAGACCCACUUGGUGGUGCUGGAGGAUGAUGAGGGCGCCCCGUGCCCGGCAGAGGAUGAGCUGGCCCUGCAGGACAACGGGUUCCUGAGCAAGAAUGAGGUGCUGCGCAGCAAGGUGUCGCGGCUCACAGAACGGCUCCGCAAGCGGUACCCUACCAACAACUUUGGGAGCUGUACGGGCUGCUCGGCCACCUUCUCAGUGCUGAAGAAGAGGCGAAGCUGCAGUAACUGUGGAAACAGCUUUUGCUCUCGGUGCUGCUCUUUCAAGGUGCCCAGGUCCUCCAUGGGGGCCACAGCUCCCGAAGCCCAGAGAGAGACUGUGUUUGUGUGUGCCUCGUGUAACCAGACCUUGAGCAAGUGAGAAGAAGGGACAGGGUCCAAGCGGGCGCUGGUCCCUGGGCCCGCAGUAGACCCCACUCUCCCCACCCCUAGCCCCAUGUGGCGUGUGCUGGGCACAUGUGGCCCAGACGCUAGGUAGGCUUCCCCUUCCUGCCCUUGCUUUCUCCAGCCGGGCUCUGGAGCUGUGCCCCACUCCUGCAGAUGGCCAGUAAGGGCUGCCGUCAAACCCCAGAGGGGAGAGGAGGCUUUGGCGGGCCUGGUGCGCGUUGGCCCUGCUCUGCCCUGGUCUGACUGAGUUAGGGGACUCAGGGCUGGGCAAGGAAUGUAAGCUAGAGGGCAGCAGAGAGCCACGCCUGCUCUAGAUUGGGAUCUCUGAGGAUCAGGACAUUUCUCCAAGGUUGGGAAUUCUCAGAUUGGAGAUCAGAAAUUGGGAAAAGAGAUUCUUCCUUCUGAUGGGUAGGUACCAGGCCAAGCCAUUGGCUCUGAGAGUCCACAGAAGGGCUUGGGAGAGCUGUCCCCCAGCUCUGCUGUUGGGAUAUCCUUCUAGGCAUCAGGACCUCAUGUCCCAGGGCUAACCCGAGCAAAACUGUUGUAGAAACAGGGUUGAUGUUGCCAAGUUCCCCCAGAGGAGGACAUGUCUAGUGGGGCGUGACAGAUCCUUCGUAUAACCGGAGCAAAACGUAGGGAGCCCCAGCAGCUCAAAGGACCUCAGCCCCACCUUGCAGAGAUCUGGACUUGCAGAAUCUCAGCCAGAAUCUCACGUCGUCCUGAUGUCCUCAGCCCUGCUGGGUGGAUGACAAGCACUCAGUCACUUCUGUUUCCCCCACUCAGAGCUUCGGGCACCCCUCCUCUGGCUCAGAGCUACAUUUCCCCUCCCCAGCCCCUUGUCCCCCAGAGUGUGACACCAGGUGAGCAGAGCAGAGGUCCCGAAGCCCUUGACCUUUGGGGGCCUGGGAAGUGUAGGAUCUCUCUGGGUUGGGUCCUAGAUUCCAGGGCUCUUCCCUGCAGGACAGUCUCAGUUAUGGUAUAAGGCCACUUGUCCCAUCUCCAAUAAUUUCCUAUUCACUUCUAGACUCUUAGGGGCUCUGUCUUUCUCUAAGCCAUGAGCAGGCUCAGGCACCCACCCCUUCCUUCCCCUGGAGCUGCCCUGCCUUUUGAAAUAUUUAUUUAUUUAUUGCAUGGUUCCUGGGAACAUGUGGCACAGGAGAUGGGCUGAGGAGGACGGGGGGCUUCUUUUACCCUAGGACGCUUCUCUGGAGUCAUGAGCUGCCUGGGACCCAGAGCCCACAGGAGGCGGAGAUGUUUCUAUACCCUAAGCAGGGACCGAGGAGGCAGGCUGGGGAGAUAAGGACCAUCCUAGGCCAGGUUUCUUGCAAGGCCAGCCAGCCUAGCUAGAGCUGGGCAGCCCGGGGCCUGUUCCAGGCCAGCGAGGUGCAAGUCCCUGGGGAGCCAGGCAGGCCUUGGUGGACCCCCUUCCUCGGGCUCCUUUAUCCUGUUCAGAGACGAGAGUUAAGUACCCUGUGCUUCAUUUACACUGGAGAGGAACUGAAAAGACUUCUGUGUAUAUGGAGAAUUGUCAUAUAAAAUAAAAAGACCUCAAGCUUCUUA